AGCUCCCUGGGGCUCAAAGGUAGCCCGAAAAACCGACGUCCAAGCGCUGCCGCUGCCGCCGCCUCUCCGCCCAGUUCCCCGUCGCGGCCCGGAGCUUGUCGCCGUCGCCCCCGCAGAAUCGCGCCCCAGCGACGGCGGCGGGCGGCGACCUUUUUUCCGCACGAAAUGCAGGAGGUGGUGUUGAGCCAACUCCCACGACCGGAGAUCUAUAGCUUGCCUGCUGCGUCCUUGGUUGCCUUGGGUGAGUACAAAGCCACUGCCCCAGCUUUGGUCAGUGAACAGGCGGUGGGUCGCCAUGGUGUCCAGCGGCGGUUUCAACAGAAGAGAGGUCGCAUGUCCAUUUUCUUCGAUGACGGUGGUCCGAACACCUCCGGUGCCUCUCUGGGCACGACGGGUUGGUGGAUCGGCGACGAGGACUGCUUUGGCGAGACGUGCCUCUUGUGGUGCCCAGGCUCCAGCGAACAAAUCCCCGAGACGGGAUGGCAAUGGCAGGGCUACCUGGGUUACUACGAGGUGGAUCUUCAUGUCUCGCCCAACAUGCGCGCGGAGGAGAUGGAGCCACACAGCUUGAUCUUUGCAGGGAACCUCUUCCUAGACGUCCUGGGGCAGAGCAUGGUCUGUUGCCUCAAGGGUGCCGAGCUUCUCCUUCACGAGUUCACCGCGAAGAUGGCAGUGGACUCUAAGGACGUUCCGUUGAACUCCAUAGGAGGCGCCGUUCCUGCAGAGUCUCAACCCGCUCUGGAGCUCUCCGCGCUGCCCCCGCCGGCACCUGCUGCCGCUGCCCCGGCACCGGUGCUCGCGCGGGCGCAUGAGCCAGCGCCGGAGGUGGUGGCGAUUUUUCCAGCGCCCAGGGAGGACGUCGAGGUCAAAGUGGAAGAAAGGGAGGAGCACCAGAUAGAGGAGGUGUCACUGGAAGAGUUGACCGAGGAAGCUCGGCGCGCCAAGGAUAACUUUGUCGAAAGCUUUAAGGCGCACCUCUCCCGGUUUUCACCCGAAGAAGAAGCGCAGAAUGAGGCAGAUUUGGCUAAGGAGCAUUUCUUGGAGGCCUUUUGCAAGAAGGGUGCCCCACAGGAGCAGCUGAAGCGCCGGCAGGUGGCGGAGGAGGUGCUGCAGCGUCAGGAGCUCCAGGAGCUCUUGAUGUCGCAGCAUCGGCACAAGGUGAGCCACGAGCUCCGUGGAGAACGGGAGAUCCAGGAAGCGCGGAUGGAUCAGGUCUUGGAACAGGUGCGCGCAUUGCAGAUGGAUUUGCGAGAAGCCUUGGAUGCGAGACAGGCCACAGAAUUGGAGAAGUUGGAUUUGAUGGAGUCUCAUCGACUUCAUUUGGAGGAGCUCAGGCAGGUGAACCUGGAGGGCGGCGAGGACCUCCAGAGCAAGUGCGCAGAGUUGGAGGCGGAGAAUGCGGAAUGCAAAGUGAAGCUGUCCCAAGCAGCUACUGCCCUUUGGAGUCACGAGGCGGCUUUGCAAGAAGCGUUGCAAGAUGCCUCUACGCUCAGAUCGGAGCUGCUGAACACCAGCGCCGCGGAGGAGGAGAUCGCGCUGCUGCGCGAGGAGCUGGCGCAGCUUCGGAGCAACGAAAGCACGGCUGAAGCAUCGACCGCCGAAGCAGAACAGCAAAUGCAGACCUUGGCGGAGGAAUACCAGCACGCGCUGGCGGACAUCGGCUCCCUUCGGGCCAUCUACGAUUCGGAGAUCGAGCAGCUGCAGUUGGAGCUCCAGCAGUGCCGAGAAACGCACGAGCAGGACGUCGCAUCCCUGCAAGAUGAGCUGCAGAUUGCCAGAGAUCAGCAAGAAUCUGCUAAGAAGGCUCAGAGCUUGCAGGAUGUGCUGUCAAAGCGGGUGGUUCAACUGGAGGCUAAGCUCUCGCAGCAGACUUUGGAGCACGAGGCCAUGGUGGAGGAGUUGGAGAAGCUGCGGCCUCAAGCAGCUGCCACCGCCGCAGCAGAGGAGCGCGCAAGCUCAGCAGAGGAGGUCCUGGCGACCACGGCCCGGAACUUCCAGGCGGCAGAGGCUCGGCAGCUGCAGGCGGAGGAGAUGGUGCGAACCUUGAAGCUCCGGUGCCAGAGUUUGGAGGCACAGGUGCAGAAGAGGGCGGAGAAUCCGAACGUGCCGAGAUCUGACCACGCGAUCGCGAUCAAAGCGACAAAGCCAGUGGCGAGGUCUGAUCAACCACAGUUUAGCGCGCUACCAGGCAGGAGGCCUUUGGCCAGGGUGGAAGGACCGUUGGUGGCGAUGGCCUCUGCGCUGUCGCCCACGGCGCCCAAUACACCACUGCUGGAGACGCGCAAGGUCUUAGCCCAGCGACCGCAAGCCUAAGCGGCUGUGCGGCCUCUGCUGAGCGGCUGAGCCAAUGUGCGGAUGACCAUGUUUGGUUGUGACCAGGGCACACCCGCGUGGUGAUGGGGAAAGACAUUUUAGUGAGAGAACGUGAGGCCGGUGAGUGUGGGGGGGGAACAAAAGAGGAUUUUGGAUGUUCC